AUGAUGAGGUUCUUGACAAACUUACUCACUUCUUUGAAGAAUUAGAAAGCCGUGAUAACUCUGAAGAUGUUUACAAGUUAAUGUAUAAACACUUUGGAUUUGUUGUUUGUCAUGGACCCAGUAAAGUGGUGGAGAGUGGCACAGGUGUAAUUGUUAGUAAAGGCUGUAUUCCAGCUGGUAGCAUUACAUCAAUUUAUCCAGGCACAAUUUAUCACCCAUAUGACCCGAUUUUUCUUCAGUCCAUCAACAAUUCAUUCAUCUUCCGUUGCCUCGAUGGACUUUACAUUGAUGGCAAUGAUAAAGGAUUAUCAAAGAUUAUAUUCAGAUCAUGCUCACAAAGAGAUCGUGCUGGACCAUACUUGGUUAGCGAUAUGUCUUGGUUGACCUCCGACCUGUUAAAUCCUCUGUCAGUUGGCCAGUAUGUCAACAACCAGACAAGCAGAUUUCCGGCCAAUGUAGCUUAUCAAGAAAUUGAUUUCCCUGCAGAGUUUCCAUUCCAUUUCCGAAAAUAUCUACCACAUAUAUUUUACAAUGCAAGUUUUGAAAGUGGGCAAAGCUCAAGCAGCAGAAUACUUCGAUCAAUUGUAUUAGUUUCUUUGCGAGACAUUGCCGAGGGAGAGGAGCUAUUAUCGUCUUAUUUCAACAUUGUUCAUUGAUAAAUUUACAAUAUCAGUUGCUUUUUGUGACAUGUACCAGGAGCUGCUUAUAUUUUUUGGAGAUGUUUUGCCAAUUAGAACUGUUUUUAUCUUUCAGACUUUCUGAUGACUGAACUGAAAAUUGUUGUAGAAACAGGGAAUAUAUGUUUUCAAACCAUUGCCAACAGUAGGUCCAGGGAUUACCCCCCUCCAUCAACAUCAACCAUUCUACUACUUUCUAUCCAUUAUGCCAUUUCUAUCAUUUCAUGUUUGCAGAUAAAUUUUGGUAGUUUAAAUAAAGGUUUAAGCAGAGAGUACUGAGCAUUCAUUAGCUAAUGAUGAAAAUAAAAUAUUGAAUUGAAUUCAUGGACUGCCGAAUUGUGAAAUCGAUAUCAUAUUUUACUAUGUAAAUAUGUUGAUUUAAUUUAAUUAUAUUUUAUGUAAAUGAUAAUAUGAAUAGCCUCUGAUUAAAGAUUAAUUCAUUUAUGGAUCUAAAUAUUACUUCAGUUUUUCACUUAAAUCGAUUAGAAUUCAUCCAAGUAAUUGGUAAAUAUUUAUACUUAUCAUCUACAAUAUUUACUGUUGAUUAGAUUUUUUGUCGCAAGGUGAACUUAAUCACACAACUGUGGAAACCAUAGCAUAGUGACUACUUAAAUUACAUUACAUAAAAUACUGAUCUGUUUGAAUAUCAGUGGUUUUCAUUUUCUUUUGUCUUAGCACUAAUUUCAUUGAGUCUGAUAUUUCUGUUUCUUCAAUCAAUUAAUUAUAAGCCUCCUGGUGUUUGAUUUUGGACUUCCACUUGGCAAGAUAUUAUAGUAUAUAAUAUAUAACCUUAUUACCAUAUACUGGGUCAAAAAUUAUUAAGUAAUAAUAUAAUAAUAAUAAAGGCUUUGUUUAAACACAGAAAAGCUUGUAUCACCCAAAGGUGUUCUUCUACAAGGCUGUGAUAUUGAUGAAAUACUAAAAAGAUUAACACCAUUAACUAAACAAUUUUUAUAGAAGUAAACAUAAACAAAUUCAAAAACUUACAGUACACCACUGGGUAAUAACUGUUUAAAUGAAUAAACAUUUGUUGCAUUUUGAUCUGAACUUUCAAUAAUUUGGCACCACGAUACGAAAAACUUCUUUUUUUGUACUCCGUUUUGGGUUUUUCCAAACACAAGACAUCAUUAGAUCUUGUAUAGUAUUUUUCUUCCUUAGCGGUAAAUAAUGUGUUUAAGUAUGGUGGUGCUUCAUUAUGGAAUAUCUUAUACAAAGUAAUAGCCUCAUUUCGAUACAAUUGGUCUUCAAGUUUAUUCCAGUUUAAGUUUUGCAGGGCUCGUGUACUUGAGUCAUAUUUUCUUACUUUUGUAAUUAUUUUAGCUGCCCUGUUUUGAGUAGUUUAUUUUUUUGUUUUUGGCUUGAUCUGCCCCACACAACAUUGCAAUAGUUAAAUAGUGGAGCAACAAUACAGACUUUACAUUUAACAUUAUCUAUUUGUUCCCAUGACAAAUGUUCAUCAAUAAAAACACCUAGAUGUUUACAGCUUUUUACUCUCUGCAAUGGUAUAUUUUCUAUGUUUAAAUCUAAAUCAACAUUUAAUAAUUUUGUUAGAAUUUGAUGUGUUCCAAUGAACAUACAUUGUGUUUUCAGUACAUUCAGACUGAGAUUGUUAUGUGCUAACCAUUACUUAACAUUUACUAAAUCAUCAUUAAUUUUCAUUAACACCUCAUUUAUAUCGGAAGAUGCAAAGUAAAGAGCUGUAUCAUCUGCAUACAUACUAAUUUGUACACUAUUUACAUGCUUUGGUAGAUCAUUCGCAUAUAAUGUAAAUAACAGAGGACCCAAAAUUGAUUCCUGAGGGACUCCACAUACACGAUUAAGAUUUUCAUUAUAUGUUUAUUGUUACAUUAAUGUCAUCAAAUUUUGGUUACAUUUAUUAAUUACUGACCAAUCUAGAAUUUUAUUUUUCAAUGUUUUAAUUUUCU